GGCGUGACGCAGCUCUGCCACGCCCACGAGAUAGAUGACGAGAGAUCAAUCGAUCUGAAUUGAAUUUAACGAUAAGAUUUAAAUGAAAAGAAAGUCAGCAACAGGAGUAGAGGAUCAUCAUUGACAAUGAGCAAGCGGAAGCAUGAUCAAUCUUCCCCUUCCGAUAGAAGAGAAUUCACAAAUCCUUACCCACCGUUCUCCACGGAAUCAGCAACAAACAUCAUUCAAGAUGGAAAGCUUGCAGAUUCCUUCCGCAAGCUGCUGAAUCAAUCGAUCAUUACCCUUCUCGGUCAGAUGGAGUCUGGACUUCGGAGGGACCGUGAUGAAAGUGACCACUCGGUCUACACAGGAGUCACAGGCAUUGCCUUCUUGUACCUUCAUUUGUACACCGAAAACAAAACGGAGGAUUACCUCAAGAUGUGCUAUGAGUAUGUAAAGCGCCCCCUACGCCACCUCAAAGGAAGGAGAGUGACGUUCAUGUGUGGUGAUGCAGGACCACUGACAGUGGGUGGUUUGUUUUAUCACAGGACGGGAAAUCAAUCGGAAAUGCGCCAUUGUAUCAACAAGUUGAAUAGUCUUGUGCAGUCUAUUGAGGAUCCAAACCUACCAGAUGAGCUCCUUUAUGGGAGGGUUGGGUAUCUCUAUUCCCUGCUCUUUCUGCAGAAACAUCUUGGGGAGGGGUACAUAGAUCAAGAUAUCAUUGACAAGGUGUGUGCUUGUAUCUUGGAUUCUGGUCAGAAGCUUGCCAGAAAAGAGAAAUCAUCCUCUCCUCUCUUGUUUGAAUGGCACGAAAAGAAGUACAUAGGAGCUGCUCAUGGCAUGGCUGGGAUACUAACACUUCUCAUGCAGGUUAAAAGUGCCGUUGUAUCUGAUAACCUUCACUCUCUCAUCAAGCCAACCGUAGAUUACGUUCUACAGCUCCGAUUCUCAUCUGGUAACUUCCCGUCGUCUCUAGGUAACCAAUCAGACAAGCUCGUUCACUGGUGUCAUGGUGCACCAGGCGUGAUCCACAUGCUGCUUCAAGCUUACAGGGUGUUUUCAGAAGACCGUUAUUUGAAUGCAGCCGUUGACUGUGGUCGGGUCAUCUGGGAUCGUGGCAUCCUCCGCAAGGGCUAUGGCCUCUGCCACGGAACAGCUGGUAACGGCUAUGCUUUCUUGGCUCUUUACCAGGCUACCAAAGAUGCACAGCAUUUAUAUAAGGCUUGUAAGUUUGCUGAUCGAUGCAUGGAUUAUGGGAAACAUGGAUGCAGGAUGGCAGACAGACCGUACUCUCUCAUGGAAGGUAUGGCUGGAACUAUUUACUUCCUAUGUGACUUGCUUCAUCCAGACGAAGCUAGAUUUCCUGGCCUGUACGUCACCUGAAAGGAAUGAGGAAAUAGAUUCUGAUGCACAGUUAUGCACGCAGUUGUGAAGGACUUUCCUCCAUUGGUUAAGUAAUCUGCUGGAUGAUAUGUCAGGGAGUGUUCCUUAAAGCUCAUGCAAGCACGCAACCACCCUGAUGUCUCCUCUGCUCUAAAGGCUUUGCAAAGAAUGAACUUCCGAGUGUCCUCCAGCGAAACCUGCUAUGGCCAGCACUUCUCUGUUAAAGACAUUAUUUAACUUUGUGAGCAGUCAAUUAAAACGAUUCUCAAACCAAGAAGAAACAUGUGUAUAAGUACACGUAUUAGAACUAAAAAACCCUGAAAACAACCGUUAUUGAGAAUGAAAAGCUAAAAAUACAAGGCAAACCCCGAUUUUGUAAUUAGGCAUCUUAAAGCGUAAAUAGAACACACAAGUGUAUGGGAUGAAAUUAAGAUGGUGUUUCCGGUCACUUUAUAUUUCACUUUUUAAGCACUAAA